GUCACAGAUGACUAAAAACAAAGUAAAUUUACUGUUGCCACUACUAUUGAUUCAUAAUAAUACAUAACUCUUUUGCUGUGUUCAUUUCUUUCUAAUACUCAGUGUGUGAGACAUGGACAACUCAAGUGAGGUUGUUUCUUUUGUGCUGGCUGCCUAUGGUGACAUUGGACCAUUAAAGUACCUGUAUUUUAGCUUAAUGCUGCCCUGGUACCUCUCUAUAUGUGUGGCCAACACAGUCCUCAUUGUGGUCAUAUAUGUGGACAGGAGGCUGCAUGAGCCCAUGUAUAUAUUACUUUGUAAUUUGUUUCUGAAUGAGAUCAGUGGCAGCACAUCUUUGUAUCCUCUCAUGCUCUCCCAGAUGUUUUCAGACAACCAUGAGGUGUCCCUGCCGUGGUGUUUCCUGCAGAUGUCUUAUCUCUAUGUCUGUGCUUCUGUUGAGUUUUGCAGCUUAACAGCCAUGGCCUAUGACAGAUACAUCGCUAUCUGUUAUCCUUUACAAUACAAUGUGAUGAUGAGCACAGAGAGGGUGUUCAUCAUGAUCCUGCUCGCAUGGACAUAUUCAUUUGCUAACUUUAUUGUCUCGUUUUCAUUCAUCUUCAGUUUGAAAUUUUGCAGACAUAAGUUGGACAAAGUGUUCUGUGACCACCGUUUACUGGUUAAACUUGCAUGUUCGGUUUCAGUGCACAACAACAUAUCUGACAUUGUUUUUGGCUUUGGCACUAUGGUGAUCCCAUUCUGUCUCAUUUUAGUCUCUUACAUGAAGAUUUUGGCUGUUUGUCUGAACACAUCUAAAGAAAACAGACAGAAAGCUGUCACUACAUGUAUGCCACAGAUUGUCUCUGUUUCAAACUUGUUUGUCGGCUGCAUUUUUCAUUUUGUUGAUUCCAGGAUUGAAACUGCUCGUGUACCGGAUAAGGUCCGUGUAAUUCUGUCUGUGUAUCAUCUUAUUUGUCAACCGAUGAUCACUCCCUUUAUGUAUGGGUUUAACUUACCGAAGAUAAAGAAUGCAAGUAAACGACUUCUGUUUGACUGGAAAUAA